AUGGAGUCUUUGUCUGCAAGUGAGCAGCGCAUUUUUAGCAAUGGCAUGAUUUGUGCUUUUGAAGGCCUUAACAACAUCAAAGUUGACUACACCAAACUGGCAGCAAUGUCAGGCCUCAAGAAUGCUUCUGUCGCAUCCGUUCUGUUCAACAAGGCUCGACGCAAGCUUGUUUCCUUGAGAAACAGCGAAGACGGCGUAAGUCUCAUCCAGAAGGCUGCGGCUCCUGAGAAGGUCACCAAGCGCACUGCUGGCCGUAAAAACACGGCAAAAGCAAAAAAGACUACAGAUGAUGUUCCAACUGCUGCGUAUCUCGCUACCGGUGCUGAUUCCCCCGAGGACUCCAGUGAGAGCACGCCUGUGAAAAAACGCGUUGCGGGAAGACGCGCCGCGACAGCCAAGAAAAUCAAAAGCGAAACCAAAGUCACUGACAAUGCGAUCGACUUGAUCAACGAUUCUAUCAAGCUCGAAGAUGGCAUUGGCUAUGAAUCCAUGCUUGGACAUUUUGGUGAAGGCAUUAUCGACAACACUGUGUAUGGCGCCGUUCACAGCUCUUCCCAAAUCACCAACGAAGUGGAUGUCAAAGAAGAAUAUGCCUAG